CCACCACACAAAAUAUCAGAGAAACACGUUGACAACCACACCCAAUUAUUAGCGUCAUAGCCUCAUAGGCAUAGUUACAAAGCUUCCAUGAAGGUUUAUAAUCAUUGAUCAAUAGAAAGCACCUCCAUCUUCCCCUCAGUACAAGCUUCCGUAUAAUCCAUAAUCCAUGGCUGAGGCAGCUCCCAAGAACCGCCACCCAAAAACCUCCACCACCAACCCUGUUACCAACAAGAAGGAAACCACAAACAUUCUCCUGGGACGGUUCGAGCUAGGGAAGCUCCUCGGCCAUGGAACCUUCGCCAAAGUCCACCAUGCCCGGAACAUCAAAACCGGCGAAGGCGUCGCCAUAAAGAUCAUCAACAAAGAGAAGAUUCUCAAGAGUGGCCUAGUCUCACAUAUCAAGCGAGAGAUCUCCAUCCUCCGCCGUGUCCGCCACCCAAACAUUGUGGAGCUCUUCGAAGUCAUGGCGACCAAGACCAAGAUCUACUUCGUGAUGGAGUUCGUCCGCGGCGGCGAGCUCUUCAAGAAGGUUGCCAAAGGAAGACUUAAGGAAGAAGUCGCCAGAAAAUACUUCCAGCAGUUAAUCUGCGCGGUGGAGUUUUGCCACAGCAGAGGAGUUUUCCACCGUGAUUUGAAGCCUGAGAAUUUGUUGUUAGACUUGGAUGGAAACCUUAAGGUUGCUGACUUUGGACUCUCUGCGGUGUCUGAUCAAAUCAGGCAAGAUGGGUUGUUUCACACGUUUUGUGGGACACCUGCUUAUGUUGCUCCUGAGGUUCUUGGUAGAAAAGGCUAUGAUGGUGCUAAGGUUGAUAUUUGGUCUUGUGGGAUUGUUCUGUUUGUGUUAAUGGCUGGUUAUUUGCCAUUUCAUGAUCUUAAUGUCAUGGCAAUGUACAAGAAGAUUUACAAGGGUGAAUUUCGUUGUCCUAGGUGGUUUUCCCCUGAACUCACCAAGCUUCUUAUUAGGCUUCUUGAUACAAACCCUGAAACCAGAAUUUCAAUUCCUGAGAUUAUGAUGAAUCCCUGGUUCAAGGAAGAUUUCAAGCAAAUCAAAUUCUAUGUGGAGGAUGAUAAAGUUUGUAGCAUUGAUCAUGAUGAUGAGGGAUUGCCAUUGUUUAAUUCAGAGUUCUCAGUUUCAGAAUCUGACUCUGAGCUUGAGAGUAUUAGAAGGAGGACGAGUCACAAUAGUGCUAGUGGUUCUUCAUUGCCAAGACCUGCGAGUUUGAAUGCAUUUGACAUAAUUUCAUUUUCUCAAGGGUUUGAUCUUUCUGGGUUGUUUGAGGAAAAGGAAGAUAAGGCGAGGAUUGUUACCAGCGCUUCAGUGUCGAAGAUUAUAUCGAAAUUGGAGGAAAUUGCUGAGCUUGUUAGAUUUACAGUGAGGAAGAGAGAUUGCAGGGUGAGCUUGGAGGGUUCUAGAGAAGGGGUGAAGGGGAAAUUGACAAUUGCUGUGGAGGUUUUUGAGCUGACACAUUCGUUGGUGGUGGUGGAGGUGAAGAGAAAAGCAGGGGAUAAAACAGAGUAUGAGGAGUUUCUUAACUCUGAAUUGAACCCUGCAUUGCAGGGUUUGAUGAUGGAGGAAACUGCAACUUCUAGUUCAUUUCAUUCUGCACCUGCUGAACCUGAACCUUCUCAACAACGCUCACUUUCUGAUUCUGCUAUUGACAUACCUUCAGAUGCUGAAUCUUUGCAGUGAAAUACCUGAAAAAAAUGAUAGAGAAUAAGAGACAAGAGUAUCACAUUCUUUUUUUGUUCUGUUUUUUCUAUUUGUAGAAUCUCUAUGGGGUUUCUAUUUCUAUCUUUCUUUUGUUUUUCACCUAGGACUGUUCUGUUUUUUCUAAUAGAUGCAAUUGUCCUUCUAUGAUCCAAAUGCUGUAAGAAGAAGACUAAUUUAAUUAAAAUGGAAUAAAUUUGCACACAUGUCUUGGCACAUUGCUGUGUUACUAUUUUUUACAUA